AUGGUGGUGUCGUGCGAUGCCCAGUUUGGCCCUCGAGUCGAUAGCGCUUGUCGGUCAUUCGAUUUUACACUAUACUUUGAAGAUGUCGUCUUCAGCGCAGUGCCGAGUGCCAUUUUCAUCUUGAUUGCAGCCAUUCCGUUAAUUGGCUUAUCACGGCAACGACGCAUUGUCAGAAGCUCGACGCUAUUUGGCCUGAAAUUGGCCGUCUUCUCAGUCCUCUUGGUAUUUCAGGCUAUUUUUCUAGGACUGAGAAUCAAAAACGAAAAACUACAUACUGGCGCUUCGAUUGCCGCUGAUGUUUUGUCGCUCAUUGCCACGGGCGCGGCCGUUGCGCUGUCGUGGCUGCAGCACCACCGCUCCGAACAACCAUCCACAACCUUGACUUUGUACCUGUCCGCGCUCGUAUUACUAGAUAUUGCUCGGGCGCGCACACUCUGGCUCAUUCCGGACAGCACAGCCGCCUCCGCCAUCAAGACGGUCGCUCUGCUGCUGACAACUGCUGUCCUGGUGCUGGAGUCGACUGGCAAGAGAGCGAGCCUGCGCCAGCCGGAGAAGCUGGCGCACUCCGGCCCGGAGCCCUUUAUCGGCUUCUGGGGCAUCAGUGGCUAUGUUUGGGUGCUCAGCACUCUCUCACGAGGCUAUCACAAUUUUCUGACGGUCGAGGACCUUCCCGAGCUCGACUACCGUAUCUCGGCGGACAAGCUGCACCAUAAACUACAGAGUCAAUUGAAGAAGACCGACUUGUUUAAGAAGAAUGCCUUUGUCGCAGCUUGCGCUCGCGCGUUUGCUUCGUCAUUCGUUUCGGCCGUCAUCCCGCGACUCUUCCUGAUUGGCUUCAAGUUUGCCCAGCCCUUUAUGAUCAACAACAUGCUCGAAUUCAUCGGCGACAGACACGCACCGCAAAACAUUGGCAACGGGCUGAUUGGCGCCUACGCUCUCGUGUACGCCGGCAUGGCCAUCUCCAUGGCCCUCUACCGCUACUACUCGAACCGAUUCAUCAUUGGCCUCCGCGGCGGCCUCAUCUCCGUCAUCUAUCAGCAGACGGUGGAGGCGCGCGGCCUGGACCUCGGCGACAUUGACGGGCUGACGCUCAUGGGCGCCGACGUGGAGCGCAUCUCGACUGGCUUUCGCACGAUCCACGAAGUGUGGGCGUCGCCUAUUGAAAUCAUCAUUGCUGUGUACCUGCUCGAGCGACAAAUUUUUGUGGCGUGCGCCGUCCCGGGUCUGCUCGUGCUCACUUUUGUCUUACUGGCUUUUGUCAUUGCCACGCUCGCCAAAAAGUACCAGCGCGCAUGGAUCGAAAAGGUUGAAGAGCGGCUGCGUCUCACUACAAACAUGCUGGCCAACAUGAGGACGGUCAAGAUGCUGGGUCUCAGUUCGAGGAUGUUUUCAGUCAUCUACAAAGCCCGCGAUGUGGAAAUUGAAAAUUCCACUCGCUAUAGAUGGACCUUGAUUGGGCAAAUUUUCUUUUCAAACUCACCCAUGAUGUUUGCGCCCGUGGUGACGUUCAUCGUUUUUGUCGCCAUAGCCAACGCCCGUCACGACAACUCCUUCCUGGCUAGCAAGGCCUUUACAUCCUUGUCACUCAUUGCGCUUUUAACGGAACCCACUCUGAUGUUCAUCCAAGCCAUACCAAGUGUAUACGAGUGCCUCAGUUGCUUUGACCGAAUGCAAGAGUACUACCGCCAGCCCGUCCACCCCGGUCUGCUGCCCCAGGCGGGCAAUAACAUUGCCCCGGAAAAGAAUGCAUCCGCAAUUUCUUUACAAGCUAUGCCAGGCCACUUGACGGGCUCUGGCGAGUCUGUUGUGAGUUUUGUCGAUCAGGACUUUGCGUGGGCUAAAGCUAGCCCGCCUGUGCUCAAGAAUAUCAACGCGUCUAUCCUCAGAGGACGCUUCACUGCCAUCGUGGGUCGCACUGGCAGCGGCAAGUCAACCUUGCUCGAGAGCAUUCUAGGAGAGACAGUUGACGUCCGCGGCCGCACAGAACGCAAGUUUGCUACGGCGGCCUACUGCUCCCAAGUUCCUUGGUUGGUGAAUGGUACUCUCAAAAGCAACAUCACAUACGGCUGCUCGGGCCCAACUGAUGAUGAAUGGUAUCGGGCCGUUGUUUCAGCCUGCGGAUUGGAAAGCGACAUUAAUGGCCUGCCCGGCGGCGAUCAAACAGAAAUUGGCGACAGUGGCAGCAAGCUGAGCGGCGGCCAAAGGCAACGUGUCAGCUUGGCUCGAGCUGUCUUCUCGCGGGAGCCGGUUAUCCUGCUGGACGAUGUCUUGAGUGGCGUCGACAAUGCCAACAUUGCCCACAUCUCGGACAAGCUUUUUGGACGCUCUGGUCUCUUGCGCCGAAGCGGCUCCACCAUCGUUCUCGUGACGCAUUCCAAGUAUCUCAUGAUGAUGGCCGACGAUGUGUUGGUGGUCGACCAGGGCACGAUUGUCGAAUCGCGGACUGUUGCCUCGCUGCAGUCAAGCGACGGAUUCUCGUCUGGCUUUCAGAUUGAGGAUCCUGCGACCGAAACGGAUGAUGAGGAGAUAAACGUGACCAAGAAGGCUGAUGCGCAAGCUCUUGCACGCAUCGAGACGGCCGAGGACGCGCUCUCUGCACUCAAUGAGGAGGCCGCAGAUCUCAAACGCACGCACGGAGUCCCUUCUGUAUACCGCUACUACAUGCACUCCUCCGGAUACAUAAAGGUGAUUAUCAUGCUUGCUGGCGCCGGGCUGUACAUCUUUUGCAACGAGUUCGGCGUCGUCUGGAUUGAUCUGUGGUCCUCGGCCAACGCCAAACAUCCUGGCCAUGCCAACAACGGCAUGUACCUAGGCGUCUACGCUGCCCUAGGAAUCAUUUCUGGAGCCCUACUGUUUUGCCUCUGCUGGCUCGUCUUUGUCAACAUGAUCUCCAUCUCCUCGAGGAAUUUGCACACGGAUCUUUUGAACGCCGUCAUUCGGGCUCCGCUGCUCUUCUUCCAGGAGACCGACGUUGGUAACAUCACAAACCGCUUCAGCCAGGACAUGGAGCUGAUUGGCAUUGAGCUCCCAAUCAUCAUUAUCAAUUAUCUUGCCUCAUUUUAUGAGUGCAUUGCGAAGAUGAUUCUUUUGGCCGUGUUCGGACGCUACCUGACCGCCUCGCUGCCCAUAUUUCUCGCAGCCAUCUAUGUUAUUCAGCGCAUCUACCUUCGCACAUCGCGCCAGGUACGACUCUUGGACAUUGAAGCCAAGGCGCCCGUCUACCUACAGUUUCUCGAGUCUAAGAACGGUGCCGCCACAUUGAGGGCGUUCGGAUGGCAGCAUUCGUGCCAGCUGGGCCUGCAACGUCUCCUCAAUCGCUCUCAGAAGCCAGUGUAUCUGCUCUACUGCAUCCAGCAAUGGCUCGCUCUCGUGCUGGAUGCGCUUGUUUCCGCGCUGGUGUUGAUACUCAUUGCUAUUGUUGUCACCUGGCGAGACAAGUUCUCACCGGGAAGCGUUGGUGUAGCUCUCGUUACUGUCAUGACUUUCAACUCUGCACUGACGCAGCUCAUCAAAAUGUGGACUUCACUUGAAACUUCGAUCGGUGCUGUUGGUCGUAUCAAGGAGUUCAAGGACAACACUGUGCCUGAAGAAGAGGAGCUGGGCAUCUUGCAGCCAGAGAGCCCUCCGCCGAACUGGCCGAGCGCGGGCAAUAUCGAGUUCAGAAACGUCAUCGCAUCUUACAAGGAAAUCGGACCGUCUGUUCUCAAGGGACUAACGCUGUCAAUCAAGGCUGGCGAAAAGGUUGCCAUUUGCGGCCGCUCUGGCAGUGGCAAGACGUCGCUCAUUCUGAGUUUGCUCCACAUGAUACACAUCAAUGGCGAACUUAUCAUUGACGACGUUGACAUCCACAAUAUCGUACCUAAUGAACUGCGUGCGCUCAUCAAUAUUGUUCCUCAAGAGCCGUUUUUGAUGCCUGGGUCGGUACGCCAAAAUGUCGAUCCAUUCGAAAUCGCCAAUGACGGUGACAUUAUAGCCUCGCUGAAACGGCUUGGCCUUUGGGAGCGUAUCGAAGCCGCCGGUGGUGUCGACUCCGACAUGCCUCUCACGUCCUGGUCCGUGGGCGAGCGGCAGUUAAUUUGCAUGGCUAGGGCCAUGGUGAGGAAAAGCCCGAUCCUCAUUCUCGACGAAGCUACCAGCAGCGUCGACCACAAAACGGAAGAGAUUAUGCAAGAAGUGCUGGAGACUGAGUUUGCAGGUAAAACAGUGCUUUCCGUGGUUCAUCGCCUGGGGUAUAUUGAGCGGUAUGACAAGGUUGUGGUCUUGCAAAAGGGGGAGUUGAUGGAGUUUGAUGCCCCCGGGGUGCUGCUUGCUCAACCAUCGAUGCUGGCAGCGAUGAAGAGGGCCGGAACGCGAGGCUCCAGCAGCCUGGGCAGUGAUGAUGAUGAGUGA